GAGUCGACAACACCUCCGUCGGGUCUUCGUACUCGUGAUGACCCGGACAGGAGAAGGGGAUGAGAGGGAGACAGUGCUGGUCGCAUUUUUGGAACUUGAUUUCGAAACGGAGAGAUUCGAGGCGGGGGAGAUUGGCAAGAACCCUCAGGACCAACUUGAGGACGGGAUAGUCGGGCGUUUAUUCCAGCGUCACGAUACGAACGAACUCUCUUAUGAAAUACUUGUUUCGGAGCAGGGCCCCGCACAUCCUGAUACUUCGAAUGACCGGUUGUUUUGCGCGCUCCAUAUCCUUUUCUUCCAGCGAUCUUUCAGAACAGCGGAUUGACACGUGGUGAUAAAGAUGGCGGAUAGAAAGCUCGUGGAGGACGCGACUGGCAAGACAAAGAGAUAGUAGUAGCACGGGCCCAACACGGGCCUUGAGUCGACUUCGCUGCCUUCAGCAGCAGCAAAGGAGACGAUAGCACUGAGAAGUUCGACAGGAAAACUUGUAGUUCCCAUGACCAAAGUUAUCACGGCGGUGUCACCAAUGCCAACUGGAACCGACGAAGAAAUCAAGGCGAU